AUGUCGCCCUCCGCGAUUCCCGAGGAGUUGCAGACGCAGUCGGAUCUGCAUCAGGAUCAGCUACAAGCAGUGGGCAAAGCUUUCGAUGCCCUGCUACUAACACUCUACCGGCUUACCCACAGACACAAUGACCUCAAGCAGUAUACAGAGGAGGCCUCGAAGCAGGACUUGAAUGCUGACAUGCACCUGGUUCUCCAGUACACGAACGUGACAAGAUUACUGUCGCCCCAAGAUAGACCUCAUGCGAUGGAGGUGCAGCAAAGGUUGCUGGAUCAACAGAAACAAUUGUGUCAGGGCCUUGUUCACAACAAGCCGCCAGUCGAAGAACAGUCGUUGAAUUCAAUGGAAAUAAUGAAGACGCUCGUUUCGCACCAAAAUGUAGACGAAAAUUCCAUGCGGGCCAUUCUGGACGGGGUCAAGGGGUACAAGGCCCUGCUCCGUUCCGAUGGCCUGUCCCCAAUAUCCUCCGCGAACUCGUGCCUCUUCGCACGCGGGCCCGAUCCCUCGGUGACCCUGGAGCAAGAUUUCACAACCAAUGGUACCCAGGGCAGUCUGCACUGCCCUUUCUCGAAACCCAAGUCGUCCCGUGCUGGCAGUGAUGCGCCGAACGGGAAGGAUGAUGGACCCAAGAUUCAAGUCGACUCUUGCGGACACAAUCAUCUGGAUCCUAUCAAGGCGGAACAAGAAGAACGGCGCUCCAGUACCACCCCGUCCGUCGGCCAAUCCUCCCAAGGGCGAUGUCCUGUAUCCCGAUGCCCCAUUCGGUACCUGGACAAACACUCACCGGAGGAGAUCGCUGAAUAUGUCGAACGACACAAGCACGAAAUCCCCCGGAGCCAUGCCAUCUGCGUGAAGCGAUACCAGAAGGACCCCCAGAAUAUGCGGCAGCUGGAUGCUAAGUACGGCGGUCUGAUUAAUAUGAUCAGUGGCCUCAGUGCGAAACAUCAGGCCUUCCUGCCCGGGUGCCAGGCCAACGGUGACGGCGAGGGCGGGUCCGACCCUUCCGCGUCUACAGAGCGAGUUGAGAAAUGGGCCGAGAACGUCGACCCCGAGACUCCAGGACCGUCCAACCACACCGAGAAUCGCGAGAGCCGUUUCGACCGUCCCCUUCGUGAAGUCCGGGUAGGCGAGUCCCCAAGCCGGCCUUGGGGCAUCCCCGUACCCAUCACUCAAGAACCCCCCGUUUCAGUACCAUUCUCCGGAUCGCCGUCUGAUCCGAUAGUCCCAGGCGCUCAUCCUGCCGACCCCUUCGCAAAGUCGCCUGGCGAUGCAUCAACUAAACCAGCCGGCCGGUGUCCAUUCGGACAUGAUGCCCCCAAGGCAGAACCUGCUCCUAGCCCUCCUGUCCCUGUCCCCGUCCCCGACUCCGACCCCGCCGCCCAACUCGGACCCCCUUGGUCCAACUGGGGCAAUGCUGUUAAUGCCGCCAUGGGCGAGACAGCUAACACAGGCGCUGGAAAGACCGAGGAUGCCACCAUGGAGACCGACACCAAGUCCCUUCCGACGCAUGUCACCUUCAACGGGCCUGUGUUCUUCGGAUAUUCCGCCGAGCAGACGGCCGGCCUGAUGCAGCAACUGGGGCAUUUGAACCUGGGAAAGUCCUAA